GAUAAUGAGUGGUUAACUGACCUAUUUGAAGAAAGACAUAUGUGGAUUUCGGCUUUUAUGAAGGAGCAUUUUUGGGCGGGAAUGAAAACUACGCAACGUGUGGAGAGUAUAAAUAGCUUCUUCGAUGGUUUUGUAAACAGACAAACGAAACUCCAUGAAUUUCCUGAGAAAUAUACGAGGGCGAUGGGGAGGCGGGUGAAAUCAGAGUUGGAUGCUGAUUCUAGAUGUGGGAAGUAUGUUCGGAGGCUUGUAAGUGGUUUCAAAGUUGAGAAACUAUUCCAGAAAAUAUAUACCGACGCUAAGUUUCAGGAACUGCAGAAGGAGUGCGCAAGGAUGGGGUACUAUGUUCCCCAUGAGAGGCAAGAUAUUGGGAACAACAAGACGGAGUAUGUCCUCGAGGAUCGGGUUUGGAUCGUACCCGAAGGGAAGAGUGAAGAUGUGAUAACGGACCGUUAUCGGUUCGUGAGGGUCACUUUCUGUCACGAGACCAAAGAUGUGGUUUGCGAGUGUCGUAAAUUUGAAACUUUUGGUAUCUUGUGCAAGCAUGUGAUACGUGUUUUAGAACUAAACCGUGUGUUUGACAUCCCCGAAAAAUACAUACUAGAUAGGUGGAGGAAAGAUGUUCCUCGGAAACAUACCCGUGUUAAAGUGGCUUACCAUGACCCGGAUGAAUUACCGGAGGUCCAACACUACCGGAAAAUGAUGAGGGAGUUUGAGCCUAUAUGUGAAGAGGCUUCGGCAGUGGACGAUGUACAGACGGUUGACAUGGUCAUCGGCUCUCUGAAGCAGUUGCAUUUGGAUGUGAAGGAGAGCCGCAAAACCUACCUUGAGAAGCAGGCUGCAUUACCUCCAAUUCCAAUAUCUCAGAAAGGAUCGAACACCUUGGCAACCAAGGGGCAGACACCUACUUCAACUGGUAAGCAGGCUGUGAAGGAUCCGGUUGUAAGAAAGAAGCCUCGUGGUAGGCCCAAAGGGUCUAGGUAUAAGAGUUAUGCAGAGACUGGGUGUAAGACCAAGGCAAAGGACUCCUCAACUGACCAGAAAGGCAACCCAUCUGACCAGACCCCUAUUGUUUAGGGGAAAAGAAAACGGACAACGCGUUCACUGUCAGCCCUGUAUGAGGAUUGUGUCGAUCCUGAUAUGGUAGAAGAACUCAUAGAUUCUGAUAACUCAAAUUCGUAUUGAUAGUGCUCAUCAAAUGAACGAACUUAUGUUUAUUUUGUCUUUGUGGGUUUAAUUAACUAUAGUCACAUUGUAGUUUGGCUGUUUUGUAUGGGCCUGUUGGUCAUUCUGAGGUUGUAGCAGAUGGGUCAAAUGGAACUUGUCACUUUUGGAACAUUCAUUCUGAUUAUUAUAAUGGUGUAUACAGUGGCGGACUGGGCCUUGUGCUUGGUGGGUCAAAUGACUCACCAGGGCCCAAAAAAAAUUUUAAGUUUUUUUUUUUUAAAAAAAAAAAUAAAAAAAAAAAUCUAACUUCCCGACACUUCCUCAAGCCCUAGCUCACUGCCUCCUCAGCUGCUCUUCCCUCUUCGCCUCUUGAUUUCCUCUUCGCUUCAUCUUCACCAGACUGCCUCCACCCAGCCACCCUCCAGUCGCCUGCUCUGCCUCUGCUGCUUGCCUGCUUGAUGCUUUCCUGCUCCGUCUCCGUGGUCACUGCUCUUCGCCUCUUCGCAAUCGCUUCGACGCAAUUGCUAAUUCACUAGUAAGUUGAUUUCUAAUUUUUAUUUUUAAUUUCUUAUCUUCAAUUUAAUUCAGUCUAAUUAGUUAAUUUUAUUAAACUUUGGUUUAAACUUUGGUUGAUUUGUAGUUAACGCUUCCUCUUCGCUCAUCGGCUCACGCCUCGUCGCCUCCAGUGCUGGCCCUGCUGCUCCGCCUACUCGCCUCAAUCAGCGUCUUCCGUCUCGCAAGGUAAUCAUCAAUUU